ACUGUCAGCUGACCACGUGGAGCCGGGUAGAGUAGGAAGCACGCAGCAAACAUUUUUCUGAUGUUUCAGUGUUUACUUCACACGUUGCGUUUUAAUUUUCUACUUUUUUUCUUGUAUGUGUGUGAAUAGACGUUAGGACACUUCCAGCUCGUGCACUUUUCCCCCCGAAACAAUUUACCCGAGGCGACCAGAAGUGCAGGAGAGUCGAGAUCAUCUAAAUCCAAAUAAAAAAAAAAAUAAACAAGUGCCUGGCAGAUGUCUACCUCCUCCACCCCUUCCGUCCCCCUGAAUACAGGGGCCCAGAUGCCCCUCUUGGGUUUGGGGACCUACAAGUUGCAUGGUCCUGAGGAGGUGCAUCGGGCGGUGGACGCCGCCCUGGUUGCUGGUUACCGGGCCUUUGACACUGCAGCUGUCUAUCGGAAUGAAGCUUAUUUGGGCCGAGCCCUGCGGGAGCUCCUGCCCAAACAUGGCUUAACCAGAGAAGAUGUGUUCAUAACAAGCAAGCUGGGCCCUAAGGAUCAGGGUGAAAAGGCCAUGGAAGGAGCCCUCCACAGCCUGUCUCAGCUGGACCUGGGCUAUAUUGACCUUUACCUGAUCCACUGGCCUGGCACGCAGGGUCUGGUAGUGACUGAUCCACGCAACCCAGGAAAUCGAGCUAAGAGUUGGGCCUCACUGGAGGAGCUGCAUGGCCAGGGGAAGCUCAAGGCCAUAGGAGUGUCCAACUACACACCAGCACACAUGAAAGAACUGAUGCAGAGCUGCAAAGUCCGUCCUGCUCUUCAUCAGGUAGAGUUUCACCCACGGCUGUGCCAGGCAGAGAUGAGGAGGCUUUGUAAGGAGUAUGGAGUGUGUUUCCAAGCGUAUUCCUCUAUAGGUCAAGGAGACCUGGUCACCAACCCUGUCGUCAUGGAGGUUGCACAGAGCUGCCAGCGUACACCUGCACAGGUCCUGUUGCGCUGGGCGGUGCAGCAGGGCGUCCCAGUGCUGCCCAAGUCGUCAAAUCCAGACAGAAUCGAGGGGAACGCAAAGAUCUUUGACUUCACACUGAGUGACACAGACAUGGACAGACUCUCGGCUUUGGACUGUGGACACAAGUACUGCUGGGAUCCUUCAGGGGUGGCCUGAAACACCAGAUUUGAAACUAAAAAGGUGUUUAAGUAAUUAUGGAUGGAUUACUUAAAGAUUAUGGGGUCCCUGAACAUCUGCAAUCCCACGAAAAUAAUCACAAAGGGUCCAAAUAAACGAGGAACCUUGACAAAAACAACCACAGACUGAUGUGAAAUAUCCGCAUGAUACACAGCUCGACCACAAAUGAGGCAUUGAAUCGCUUCUCCUGUCAGUGGUUUUAAUGUUGUGGCUGAUCGGUGUACAUGGAAUACAUGCUAAAUUGCAUUUCC